AUGGCUCGCCGCCACGACGUCGACGCCGACGACAUCGACCUCGAGGAUGAAGAGCUCGACACCGACGACCUCGAGGCCGCUGGCUGCGUGGUUUGCGCCCUCGGCGCGCAUCGUCCUCGCCUCCCCGUCGCGCCCCAAGUCCCGGUUCCGGCUCCAGGCGCCCCCGUCCACUCGGUGACAGCUCUUGUCGCCGACGCGCACACUCUCCAGCGCGAGAACCAGGCGCUGCGCGCCCAGUACGAGUUCGUCUCAGCGCACAAUGCGGGCUUGGCCACGUGCUGCACGACCGGUUAUCGCGCAGACAUGAUCCAGCUCGAGCAAGCGCUCCUCUCCCGGGAGCACGCCGAGCAGGACUACGCCGUCCUGGAGGUCCGAGUGGCCGACUUCUGCGCUCGGGCUGAGCGUGCCGACGCUGCCGAGGCUCUACUCCGCGCCGAGCGAGGCUCCUCGACUGAGCAAUAUCGUGACCUUCAAGCUCAGCUCCGGGCAGCGCAAGACCAGAUCACUCGCGCACGCUCCUGCUACGCCGACUCCGACUACCGCGGGCGCGACGACGCGCGCGCCGAGCGCGACGACCUUCGCGUCGACCUCGCAGCCGCCCAAGCCGCCCUCGCUCCUGUCCAAGCGCGCGUGGCCGCCGCCGAAGCUGAACGAGAUCAGGUGCGGCAGCUCGUGGCCACUGCCGAGCAGCAGCGCGACGCCGCUCUCGCCGAGCGUGACCGCGUGACCCGCGUUCUCGUGGUCGUCGAGCAAGAGCGCGACGGAGCUUUCGACAUGCGGGAUCAAGCGCGUCGAGCCUCCACGGCCCUGAGACGCGAAGAUCAGGCUCGUCAGGCCUUGACCACCCUGGAGCUGCAGCGCGCCCCGAACCUGAACGUCCCGCUGCAGGACGACCUUCGGCGCGUCAACGCGCUCUUGGUGGCCCACGCCGAGGAGCUCCGCCGCGGCGCGACACGUAUCCACGAGCUGGAGGAGUCAGUGGCCACUGCUACGACUCUCCGUUUGGCCGCCGAGUCCGAGAUGGCGCGUGCUCAAGCUUGUGAGCUUUGUGCCUCGUCUCGCGCGGCGCAAUAUCGAUCUGGGUGGCUAUCCAUGCGACAGUCGCCUCAGCAGCGUCGAGGAGCAGUCGGCGUCCAGACCCAUCGUCUUAGCGCUCACGUCGUCGAGCUGGAGGAGGAGCGCGACUUGGCCAUCCGAGAGCGCGCUGUGGCCUGGCGUCGGAUGCUUCGAGACGCGCGUCGGGGCCGAGAGCUGGCGCGUCGGGUACGUGACGAGCUUGCCGACCGUCUCGCCGGCGUCGUAACGCGUGUAGGCGGGCAGAUCGACACCGCCGACCUGGUCAGGCGACUCGAAGCCACCUUCACGGCGGAGAUCAGUGCAGUUCCUGUGGCAUCCGCUGUCCCUGCUCCUGCUUCAACUGCGUCGGGCUCUGGCGCCCGGGCGGGCUCGCCGGCUUGGACGGCGAGCUCGACAACUGGUGCUUCCCCUCCAGCGGGUCCUCCGGGCUCCCGCCCCGUUCCGACUUCGUCCUCCUCGUCGGGUUUUCGGCGACCUCGGCACAGCGCGUUGUGUCAUUCGGGUUCUCAGUCGCGCGCGUCUAGGCUGUCCGGAGUGGCGUCCGCCACGUCAUCCAAUUCUUCGCCCCUUCGACGUAGUCAACGGCCCUCUACCGUGGCCGACACUGCGGCUUCCGACAACGCCGCUGCGCAGGUCUCAUCUGCAGCUACGCCCUCUGCGGCCGCUGCGACUGCAGCGCGCACACGAGGGGACGCGUCGCUCUUCGGCUCCGAGUCUUCGGACAGCGAGGGCCAAGCGCGGCGAGCUCAGUCCCAGCUCGAGUUCCCGGACACCCCCGCGCUCCCGUUCUGCUUCGCGUUCGCGCUCACGUUCGGCCUCUCGUUCGCGCUCGCCUUCCUUGGCGUCGAUAUGUUCGGCCGGUUCAGCGCGUUCGGCGCACUCGGCGGGGUCGGCGGCCUCGCGUCGCUCUUCUCCUGCGCGGCCGGCGUACUCCUCGCCGAGGGGCCCGAUUCGGGCGACUCCAGUGGCGACGACUCGUCCGCUUCCUCGUCGUCCCGCGCCUCGUCCUCGAGCACCGCCUCCAGCGGCUCGGCGGGGAGUGCUCCGGCGGCGCCAUUCCUUGAUCCUGAGUUGCGAACGCUCUUCCUGCCACCACCCGGCUGGAUCCUUCCGCGCCGUGUUCCCCGCGAGCCUGCGAACUGGAACCGCGCCCUCGUGACUCUGGCCAACGUCGAAGCGCUAUACGCGACUCGGGCAUGGCGGUACCUCGCUCAAGCCGCUGAGGCGCUUCUCUUCGCGCCCGGCGAUGCGGCGUUCCAGUCCACUCAUGAACUCUUCGUGCAGGGCGCGGCGUGGCAAAGGUGGCGCACGGCUCGCAACUCGCGUCGCUCACACGCGGGCAACCACCUCAACAGCCUGUUGCAGCUGGUGGUCGGGCUGUUCCAGCAAGGGCUCGCAGAUAUGGACCUCUUGCUGGACCCGAUGAUGCUUCACUUCCCGCCCGCGCACAUGUCGAUCAGACGGUGGUAUACAGGCUUCCAGCACGCGACGUUGCAAGCCGCGCUCGACGACAUCGACGCGCAGGAGCCCUGGCGUCGGUUCUAUCGGACGCCGCUCACUGUGGCCGAGAUGGAGGCCAACGUACGCUGUCGAGUGACGCGCGAUCACCCCACCUUCCAUGUGUCGCAUCUUGCAGGUAAGUUCGCCCAGCAGGUUUGA